GGCUCAGCAGCGCAGGAUCCAGUGCCCUGCUCCCCCCACCAGAGAGCACCAAAAUGGGGCAGAGCUUCUGGGAGCAGCUCCAUCUGGCCCUCACCCUCGUACUCCUGAAUCUGGGGUCUGCUGUGACCAGUGAUGCCCCUCACAGCUGCUAUGGGGCUCCAGGCCUGCCAGGCAUGCCGGGUGUGCCGGGCAAGGAUGGCCGGGAUGGGCUGAAGGGAGCCAAAGGCGAGCCAGGCAUCCCGGCCACUCCUGCAACACGAGGGCCCAAGGGCAUGAAAGGGGAACCGGGCAGCCCUGGCUUGCCAGGCAAGACUGGCCCCAUCGGUCCCCCUGGAGACCCUGGAGACCCUGGGAUGAUGGGCGUUGCUGGAGAGCCGGGUAUGCCAGGCAGCUACAAGCAGAAGCACCAGUCAGCAUUUUCAGUGAUGAGGCAGACCAGUGAGCACCCCUUGAAGAACGUCCCCGUGGUGUUCAACCACGUCAUCACCAACACCAACCAUGACUAUGACACCACCACGGGCAAGUUCACCUGCAAGCUCCCUGGCCUCUACUACUUCGUCUUCCACACCUCGCAGACAGCCAACCUCUGCGUCAUCCUGUACAAGGAUGAGAACAAGAUGGCCAGCUUCUGCGACCACAAGACCAACACCAUGCAGGUCAGCUCUGGUGGGAUCCUCCUCCACCUGGGUGCUGGGAACGAGGUCUGGCUGGCGGUGAACGACUACAAUGGCAUGGUGGGCACUGGCAACUCCGACAGCGUCUUCUCGGGGUUCCUGCUCUUCCCAGACUAGAGGACCACCACAGCCCACCCCAGCAUGCCGACCUCUUCGCCCUGCCCUGCAAACACCGAUGCUGCUGAUGCUGCUGAUGCUCCAGGUUUCUCUGCUGGGUGGGAAGCCCCAGUGAGGGGGUCAGCCCCAGCCGCCAGACACAACCCCCUG